UUUAUUGUGAUCCAAAGGGGUCUUUUGGGUUUACUUUGCAUCUUUUGAUGGCUUUUAUUUUGUCAUUUUGGGUAACUUUGCAGUGAUUUUGAGCAUCUACUUCACCUUUUAAGUGCUUCAGUUUAUUUCAAAGUUUUAUAUAUAUACUAUAAUAAUUAUAUGAGCAUUUCAAACUGUUUUUGUUGUUUUCAAGGUUUCUUGUCCAAAUAUGAAGCAAAUCAGUGUUUCUGGCAUGUUCCACGAUCCGUGUUUUAUUUUGAAAGCGCAAACCGGAAGUUUCUGUUCCAUUAGCUUAGCUUGACGAUUCGAGGCGAUGCAGGGGGACUCAAGGCCGACAAAGAGGGAUCCACUAAACGAGGAGUACCGUAAGGUGGACAUGAUAGUAGUGGAUGAAUGGGUCUGAGCGGCCCAGACGGACAGAACCGAACGGACCGGGACUCGGGUUUUGGGGCGGAAGCCGACUCGAACAUAUGUUUCCUCCGCCUUCUCCUCGUUCGCCGGACGCUGGUUGCCGCCUGCCCGGCUUGCUGCUGCUAAACCGAACCACUAGUCCUUGAAAACACCCCGGUUCGAGAAAAAAAAAAAGGAAAAAAAUCUCUGCUCUCAUUUUGUUUCCUGAACGCGUCUCCACGGAUAUCCAUCAACCGAAGGACGGAGGAGAACCUUGUCCCCGGUUACAGUCCGGUCCUGACGGUCGGGAUCCAGCUAGCAUCCUCCUCCUCUCUCUGGAGCCGCAGCAUCAUCAUCAUCAUCGCCGUUCUGGGACGACUCGGUUCUGCCGCACCUGUCCGAAGGAGCCUUGAAUUAAAGUGACGAGACAUGGCGAGGAAGGUUCCGUUCCUCCUGCUUCGAGGUGCCGCGCGAACAUGUCGCGGAUGCCGAACCAGCGUGUAAUGAGCGUCCCGAGCAGCGUGCACCAUGAGUCCGGCCGCCCGCGCCCGCGUCCAGCCCUGCGGAUGACACUCGCACCGGCACCGGGCGUUCGGAACCAACAGCGGCGGCGCGGCGAUGCUCUCCCGUAAGGUCCUGGUCACCAUCGUCCUCCUGAACGUGUACGUGGGCGUGCAUUCCGGGUUCUACCUGUUCGGCGGCGUCCUCCUGACGGCCCUGUUCGCCAUGGCGUUCCUGAACGGACCCAGGCUGCUGGACUGGGCCAGCUCCCCUCCGCACCUGCAGUUCAAUAAGUACGUCCUGACCGGGUACCGGCCCAUCUCCUCCGUGCAGGACUGCGUCAGGAGCCUGUUCUACCUGCACAACGAGCUGGGGAACAUUUACACCCACGGGGGGCGCUCCCCAUCGUCUACAUCACGCUCUUCUGCUACCCCUUGGUCCGGACCGUGUCCCUGCUGGUCUACAUCCUGCUGUCCACGCACGCCAUCUACUGCGCGGUCACGGCCCGCAGCAGCGUGCGGCGCAUGCGCUCCUUCGCCUGGCAGGCGCUGUUCCGCUUCUCCUUCUUCCUGCUGCGCUGGGUGGGCGUGGGCAGCGGCAGCCCCACCUCGCUGGGGCACUUCCUCAUGAUGGACGCGUUGGCCGUGCUGGGCGGGGUCAUCAACAUCGCGCGCAUCCCGGAGCGCUUCCGGCCGGGCCUCUUCGACUACUGGUGCAACAGCCACCAGAUCAUGCACGUGCUGGUGGUGGGCUCCAUCCUCUACCUGCACUGGGGGGURCUGGACGACCUACUGUGGAUCAACAGCUACAACUGUCCCUCUGACUGACCCCCACCACAGCCCCCGUCCCCUGGACCGGAAGCGCCGGGACGUGAAACUGAAGGACCUCUGCAGGGGGCGGGGGCUGGGGGUCUCUGCAUGUGUUCACCUCAUGCUCCCAAACUCAGAAGUCUUCAUCCAUCCUGAAACUUUGCAGACAGAAGUAUGUCGUUACGCACUCAGUGACUGGACUAACACACACACACACACACACACACACAC